AUGGCGACAGACACUGCAGCCCCAACCAAGCUCGCGAUCCUCAUCUUCCCCGGCUUCGAGCCCCUGGACACCUUCGGCCCCACCGAGAUCUUCCAGAUGCUCUCCUCCCAGCGCCCGCUCACCCUCUACUGGAUCUCCUCCUCGACCUCCCCCGCGCUCGAUCCCGUGAGCUCGUUCGUGCCCGACGACGUCCCCAUGCCGCCCGGGAUGACCAAGCACACCGCGGGCACGACCAUCGUCCCCACCCACACCCUCGCCGCCCCGCCCGCCGACGUCGAGGCCAUCCUCGUCCCCGGGGGCUGGGGCGUGAUGUCCCCCGCGAACGCGCCCGCGGUCGACUACCUCCGCGCGACGUUCCCGAAGCUCAAGUACGCGAUGAGCGUCUGCAACGGGGCGGAGUUCCUCGCGCGCGCGGGCAUCCUCGACGGCCGGCGCGCGACGACGAACAAGGCGCUCUGGACGCACAUCACGACGGCGCACGCGGCGACGGGGAUCAAGUGGGACAAGAAGCCGAGGUGGGUCCAGGACGGGAACGUGUGGACGGCGGGCGGGGUGAGCGCGGGGACGGACAUGGCGCUCGGGUGGGUCGCGCAUGUGUGGGACGAGGAGCUCGCGCGGAAGAUCGCGAACGGGGCGGAGUACGAGUGGCGGAACGACCCGAACUACGAUGUGUUCGCGUAUGUAUGGUAG